CCUCGAGGUGGAGUGGAGAGAGGACCGGACCUGAUCCGAUCUGCAGGACUGUUGCAGAGACUGGAGGAGCAAGGCUGUGCAGUGAAGGAUUAUGGGAACCUGACGUUUGAGGAAGUGGUGGACGAUGAGCCGGUGGGUCGGGUGAAACGAGCGCGGGCGGUGGGCAGCGCCAACCAGAGGCUGUCAGAGGCAGUGCGGGAUGUGAAGAAGGAUGGACACACGUCAGUGAUGCUGGGAGGAGACCACAGUCUGGCGAUUGGCUCCAUCCACGGUCAUUCUGCGGCGGUCGGGGAGCUGAGCGUCGUUUGGGUCGACGCACACGCUGACAUCAACACGCCGCUGACCUCCACCACCGGAAACAUCCACGGGCAGCCGAUGUCUUACCUCCUCCAUGAGCUGCACUCAAAGAUUCCGGUCUUGCCAAAUUUCUCCUGGAUCAAGCCAUGUGUGUCAGCCAAAGAUCUCGUCUACAUCGGUUUAAGAGACGUGGACCCAGGAGAGCAUUACAUCCUGAAGCUCCUGGGUGUGAAGGUCUUUUCCAUGAGAGAGGUGGAUCAACUCGGUGUAUCCAAAGUCAUGGAGCAGACGUGUGACUACCUCUCUGCCAAAGUAAAGAAACCAAUCCACCUGAGCUAUGACAUCGACGCCAUCGACCCCUCCGUUACCCCGGCGACCGGCACACCUGUAGUCGGAGGGCUCACCUACAGAGAGGGAGUCUACAUCACUGAACACCUGUGUCAGACAGGUCUUCUGUCGGGGGUGGACUUGGUGGAGGUGAAUCCUCUGAGGGGUCAGACCGAAGAGGACGUCCAGUCCACCGUCAGCACGGCGGUGGACCUGCUGCUCGGCUGUUUCGGACGCCUCCGUGAGGGAAACCAUCCUCCAGAUUAUCCGCUGCCCGAGCCUUGACAGGAACCACCCCUCUCUCCGACUGCACUGAUGAGCACCUGAACUUCUCCGAUCAUCAACAGGAAGUAGACGGACAGAUUUUAAAUUAAAAAACCACAGAGAUUUUAACCCUCAGUACCAUAAUACUUGUAACGGUGUCAGUGUAGCUCUUGUUUACCAAACCGUCCAAUCUGUGAGGCUUUAAACCAAAGAUCUUCCAGUUUUAAUCACAAAAAACACACAUUAUGUCUUUUAUUGAUUCAUCUACUGUAUCUAUUGUGUUUAUAAUCAAUUACUUAACCUAUGACGUGUCAGAAAAGACAAAAAAAUGAAAAUGUUUGUGAAUGAAUGAAUGAAUGGAGUGUUUUGAUAAAAACAAUGCUUUGUAUUCUUAAAAUAAAAAAAAAAUUAAACCAAAUUCAUAUUUUACACA